UUGGUGGUAUACAGGUUAUCUUUCAUCCAGACUGUUGGUAUCUUUCACUGUAGUCGGCAUCAUGAGAGUCCCAGUUCUGGUUGUGUUUGUUGUGCUGCUUAAUGCUUUAGUCUGUGAUGUUUCCUCAGCUCCGGUUAAAGGGAUUUCUCCAGGCAAAGGCAAGGAUCAACAAAAAGAUCAACAGAUCCAGACCAGACCCACACCACAGCAGCCCAAAGUUUCCACUUAUCCGGUUAAGGAUGUUUCUCCAGGCAAAGGGAAGGAUCAACAAAAGGAUCAAUUGAGUGAAGAUGAUGUGGCUGCUACCACAGCAAACCAUCCCUUCGAUGAAACCACACCAGAAUCUACAGAGCCUGAGAGCAGAGAUGUGGAUGAGGCUGAUGGCCAAGGUGAUGACAACAGUAGCCAAGGUGAUGGCGAUAGCAGCCAGGCUGCGGGAGAUGAUGGCCUAAGUGACGAUGAGGAUUCUAAUGGCAAUUCCUCUGAGGAAGGUGAAGAUGACACUGACAGCCAAGCUGAAGAUGGCCAAGGAGACAGCGCUGAGGAUUCUGAUGGCCAGUCUUCUGAGGAUUCUGAUGGCCAGUCUUCUGAGGAUUCUGAUGGCCAGUCUUCUGAGGAUUCUGAUGGCCAGUCUUCUGAGGAUUCUGAUGGCCAGUCUUCUGAGGAUUCUGAUGGCCAGUCUUCUGAGGAUUCUGAUGGCCAGUCUUCUGAUGGCCAGUCCUCUGAGGAAGGUAACACCAAUGAGGACAACGUGUCCCCAGAAAGCCGUAUAGUUAGAAGAUGGUGACCGGUUUUCAUGAUUUAAGAACUGCUGUCCACCCAACCAGGGACCGGGUGAUCGCCGAAAAAGAUGCUGUCGCUAGGAGACACUGAAUCUCUUGCACAACUAACUAGACUGGUCUGUCCUCUUGUUGCCGCUUGACUUUAAUGUAUGACCUUUUGGACAAGAAAUAAAAAGAAUAAAUCCA